AUGCUUGUCGUGUUUUUACCGUUUUAUGUGUUCACGACAUAUUGUAUUUUGAAGAAAACGCCGAGGACUAUGGACUCGGUGAAGUUUGUUUUGUUGAAUGCACAUUGUUGGGCUUGCUACAUUGACAUUCUAGUCUGCUCCCUCAUCACUCCUUACUUUUUCUUCCCAACAAUUUCCGGCUUCCCCGUUGGCCUCCUCCGGGUGUUCGGAGUUCCCACAUCAGCCCAAGUGUUUAUUGGAUUGACCUCAAGCAUGUGUGAUCAUGGGUACCUCACUUGUGGCAUUAUUCGAGAAUCGGAGCAGUUGUAUUCCAAGUAA